UCCCCGCUUCUGAUGCAGCCUCUCCAGUCUGUGUGAAGAAAAAAGGAGGAAAUGACAGAGGGGACAUUUGGUGAAUUACUCUGGGAUGGAGAUGGAGGAUGUAUCACAUAUUACACGGGUUUCUAACCAGAUCGUGGGUAGAUUCUCUCUCUCUCUCUCUCUCUCUCUCUCUCUCUCUCUCUCUCUCUCUCUCUCUCUCUCUCUCUCUGUUAGAAUAAACUAACAAACCCUUAUAAUAAAGAAACGGAGCGUCUCUGCGGUCAUCACUAAGGAUGCCAUGCUGAACGGGAAAUGUGCCACUUUUUCUCUAAAUUGAGAUCCUUUCCUCCAGAUCCUUGCCCUGAUUCUUGACAUUGGCCACUGCGCUGACUAACACCCAGCAGGGACAUCUGCACCAAGUCAUUUCCCAUCUCUAGAAAACAAAAACGCGUUUUUAUUCUCCGCUCGCCUCAGCGGACGACACGUUUGGCCUCGGUGAGCCGCCGUAGAAAUGGGAGACAGUAUGUCGAAGAGAUUAAAGCUGGUGACGGCGUCUGAGUCGGAGAUGGAGGAGCGUUCAUUUCCUAAUCCCUUUCCCGACUGGGACCAAGGAGUUCUCACAUCUUCACCCUCAGCUGCUAACAGCAGUACUGGAGACCUUUUUGAUGCAGAUGGAAAAAUCACAGAGGCCUUUCAGAAGAAAGUACAGAAUAAGAUCAAAGAUCUUCUCCAGCAGAUGGAAGAGGGAUUAAAGACUUCAGACCCACAUGACUUCUCCACCUACACCGGCUGGACAGGAAUUGCCCUGCUGUACCUGCAGCUGCAUCGUGUGAGUGCUGAUUCCUCUCACUUGCAGCGCUCUCUGGAUUAUGUUAAACGUACGCUGCGCAACCUGAACGGCCGGAAAGUCACUUUUCUGUGCGGUGACGCUGGACCACUGGCUGUUGCUGCCGUCGUCCACCAUCGACUAAAGAACCAGGCUGACUCAAAAGAGUUCCUCACCAAGCUGCUUCAACUCCAGCGCUCAGUCAUCAGUCCAGACUCUGAGAUUCCAGAUGAGCUGCUGUACGGCCGUGCUGGAUACCUUUAUGCCCUGCUCUACGUUAACAAGGAGAUCGGCCCAGAAACGGUGGAUGAGAAGAUCAUCGCUAAUGUGGUGACCGCCAUCUUGGAGUCAGGGAAGAACCUGUCCAGAGAAGAGAAGAAGACCGAACGAUGCCCGCUGCUCUAUGAGUGGCAUAAGAAGCAGUAUGUUGGAGCAGCACAUGGACUGUCAGGCAUCUACUACAUGCUGAUGCAGCCCACGGCUAAGGUUAAUUCUGAAAUUCUGACUGAGUUGGUCCGGCCAAGUAUAGAUUAUGUACGGCACAAAAAGUUCCGCUCGGGCAACUACCCAUCAUCCCUCAGCAAUGAGACCGACAGACUGGUGCACUGGUGCCACGGAGCGCCUGGCGUGGUUCACAUGCUCAUCAUGGCACGUAAGGUGUUUAAGGAUGAGAAGUAUCUGAAGGAUGCGGCAGAGUGCGGUGAGGUGAUUUGGCAGAGAGGUUUACUGCGCAAAGGCUAUGGCAUCUGUCAUGGCACCGCCGGCAACGGUUACGCUUUCCUCUCCCUGUACAAGCUCACACAGGAGCAGAAGUACCUGUACCGUGCCUGCAAGUUUGCAGAGUGGUGUCUAGACUACGGGACGCAUGGCUGCCGUAUUCCAGACCGACCGUAUUCCCUCUUUGAAGGAAUGGCUGGCGCGAUCCACUUCCUCUCAGACCUCGCCCAGCCAGAGGGUUCUUGCUUCCCUGCCUUUGAACUUUGACCUGGGCUUCUGGGCGCACUGACUUUUACUUUGAACAGUUCUGAGACUGUGAAAGCUCUUCUGGCUCUUCCAGCACUGAACAGCAUCACUGAACUUGUGCAGACGCAAAACAAACAAACAAACAAACAAACAAAAAAAAAAAAACACCUCCUGCCUAUAACUUUAAGCCACAUUGAGUUCUCACUGUCGUUUCCAAGUCUUUGCUCCUUCUGUGGUAUAAUUUUAAAUAUAAUUUUUACUGUAAAAAUGAUCUGUGUUGCCAUCCACGGCACUGUUUAAUGUUUUCACUUCCAAAGCUUAGCAUUCAGUUGAAAUGGGGUCUUUGUGCUGCAUGCUUGUGUUCUGAAUGUAUUGCACUGCCUCAGUUGACCUUGUCUUUGUCUCGUGUAUUUCAGUCCUGUCUUUGUUGUCUAUGCAUGGGGAUGGCUGAAAUGAGCUUGUGUACGCUUUAGCAAAAAUUAUUGACGUCUGUAAUAUCAGUUAAGCGUCCACAAUGGCUUGGGUGUCACUCUGUCUGUAUGAUGAAACUGUGUUUUUGAGGUUGAUAACUCGGUGAAAGAUUGUGAGAAAAAUGAAGCAAACCUUUCCAUUAAAUAUCAUUUCAUUAGGCAAUGAUGUUAUGAAUGUUACAAUAAAUUGGACUCCUUUAACUGAA